AUGGAGGAUACUACUAAACUGAACGUUUCUAAAUUAGGAACAAAACAAUAUUGGGAUGAUUUUUAUUCUUUAGAAAGACAAAACUUUAAGGAAAAUUCGGAAGAUACUGGUGAAUGUUGGUUCAAUGAUAAUGAUGCGGAACAAAAGAUGAUAGAUUUCCUGGACGAAAAUAUUGGGUCCUAUAGGAUUGCUGCUGAUGCAUCCAUGCUGGAUCUAGGGACAGGUAAUGGGCAUUUAUUGUUUGAGCUUUAUGAAAAUGAUUUUCAUGGGCAAAUGUUAGGCGUUGAUUAUUCGGAACAGAGUGUACAAUUUGCUAAUGAAAUUGCCAAAAGUAAAAGUCUUGAUGAAAAAAUACGUUUCAAGCAAGCUGAUAUAUUUCAAUCUGAGUGGAAUCCUGGGAAAUUCGAUGUCGUAUUAGAUAAAGGGACUUUGGAUGCUAUUGCCCUAAGUGGAAUUAAAUUCGAUGAUGGGAAGACUGUGGUUGAUAUUUAUGGAAAGAUAAUUGAAAGAAUAUUGGAAAAAGAUAGUGUUUUUCUCAUUACAUCUUGUAACUUUACCGAAGAAGAAUUGAUUAAAAUAAUUGAAACUGAUAAAUUAAAAUGUUGGGAGACCAUAAAAUAUCCUGUUUUUGAAUUUGGUGGAGUCAAGGGAAGUACAAUCAGCAGUGUUGCAUUUGUCAAAACUCAGUAA